AUGGACACCACGGGGCCCACGGACGCGCCUCCGGCGCCUGCGGCGCCGGCCGAAGGCGCCGCCGCGCCGGCGCCUGCGGCGCCGGGGCCCGAGACGCCGCAGUGCACGCCGCCGGCAACGCCCGUGGAGGGCGAACCCCCCAAAAAGGCUCCGAAGGUGUAUGUGCCGCCCCCCACCCCCUGGCAAAGCGAGGCUCAAAAGGAAUUGCGGGAAAAGAAUGUGAUUUCAGCCUGUUCUCGUGCGAAACCGGUGGUGAAGAAACUCUUUGAUGUGGCCAACACCCAAAACCGCUCGACAUCAGAGCUAGAUACGUCGCAAGUGACGCUGCUGAGCUGCUACUACGUGCAGCAGUACUACCACCCCAACCAUGAAGUGAUCAUUGGAGAGAGGGACAGCUAUGACGUGGUCGCCCUGGGCUGUAUCUUUGUAGCCUGCAAGGUCGCAGACCACGCGCGGCGAAUCAAAAACCUGGUGAGGGCCUAUAAUCAGGUCCUGCAGGAAGAGAAAAAACCGGAGCUGUCGGAUGAACAGCAGACGCAGCUCGUGGAAAAGAUCUUGAAGAUUGAAUUUCUGGUUCUGAAGGCUGUAGCCUUUCACUUCGAUGUGCUCAUGCCAUUGGAAUACCUGGAUCAGCAGACCGACCGACUGGUCGAUGAGCUGUUCAAGCAGCCCCUGUUCAUCGCUGCGUAUCCCUACGAUCGCAAAUAUCUCAGGAAGAACCUCUACAACGCUGCGAUGAAAUUCUGUGUUGAUGGAUAUUCCGGCAAUCCGGCUCUUUCCAAGUGCGUGAAGAACUUGUCUUUGGCCUCUCUGGUCUUUGCCACGCGCUACUUGCUACGCAGUCGAACGACAAACCCCAAUUUGCCCAAAGUCCGCGAAGCCCUCGAGCAGAUGCCUGACUUGAUGGAUUUCAUGGUCGAUGGUGAGAUGACGCCGGAGCAUCGUGAUGAAGUGAACAAAGCCAUUGAAGGCAUCAUGCAGGCGCGCAGCGGGGUGUCCUCUACUCCCCGCAGUCUCCGCGCGGAAGUGGAGAAGGAGGCGAUCUCUCCUUGUGAAGGUGUCAGACAGGCACCGGUGCAGGCGCCAGCACCACGAGAAGAGCAGAACUUGAACUACCUCAGGCAAUGGGUCGAGCUGGAAGAAGCUCGUCUAGAGAUGCGACAAACACCGCCCUUGGAAGCCCAAGAGCGACCCGAGGGGCCCGAACGACCCGAGCCGCCUGCGGGUGAAGGUAUUUGA